AUGUCAUUCAGAUUAUUCACGAGGACUUCUCAACGUCUCCCUCGCCUUAACUGGGUUAGUCCCAUCAGGCGAUACGCCAAACAACCUCAAUACGAUGAAGCAGAGUUGUUUGCAGAGAACAUUAACCAUGGCGCAUAUAAAGCAAAGAAAAGGCCAUCAGACGAGCAUUUCCAAUGGCCUGAGAAGUCUCCUGAUCAGAUCACAAAGGAAUCUGAACUCCAAUGGGAAAGGAUGGCGAAAUUAUCUGCUGUUGGGCAAGGGAUCCUCAUUCUCGUGGUAGUGGGUGGGUUGGGAACGGCCUACUUGCGUUGGCCAGAAUUAAAAUCCUGGUGGUUAAUCAAGAUGAAUGGCGGUCGCAUAAAUGCAACGCAAGAGCAAAGUGGACAGGAUUCGUUGGAAAAAUUGAUCAGACAAAAGGCCAAAAAUCUAUUAAGGGAGAUUCCUCAAGUGCCUGCCUUUCAACUUGGAAUAGAUCAUCCUGGUGUAUACAUAUGGGGAAGGUGUCAUUCUAAGGACUCAUUGUUCCCUGUUAGAGUACCUAAUUUGGAUGGUCGUAAAUUCAGAGAUAUCCUAUUAGCUCCCUCUGACGAUUUCAACACCAAUUUUGCAAUUGACGAGAAAGGCGAUUUGAUAUCGUGGGAUGAUUUGGGACAAACAAAAACGAUAUUGCCAGAUCAAGAUUUGACCUCAAUGAAGUAUUCUAGUCACUUUUUGUACGCUUUGAAUAAAAAGGGUGAAAUAUUGGUCAUACCUAUAAGAACGCCGGAUCUGAUAGCUUCGCAAGUAUCAUCAAGAAGGUCGAAAUUGUUGCCAUGGAAGACAAAACUAAGAUAUGAUUGGAAAUUACAAACAAAUCAGAUUUUCAACGGUAAGGAAGGAGAAAAACGUGUAGUACAAUUUGACGCUGGUAGCCAUCAUCUGGUGUUGCUAUCUAAUUUAGGUAAGGCUUAUUGCUGCGCGACGGGAAAUGAUCAAAAACAAGCUCAAGUAUCCAAAGGACAAUUCGGUAUACCAACAUUCUCACAAUUCGAUGAGUUUCCUCCCAAUAAUCAACUAUUCGAAAUUGAACUGCUGAACAAAUUUAAGCAUGAAGGAGAAGACGUUGUCCGCAAAAGAGAAAUUAAAAAGAUAGCUUGCGGGUCGUACCAUACACUGGCAAUAGAUAAGACUGGUGAAAUUUAUGCCUUUGGCUGGAAUAGGUUCGGCCAAUUGGCACUACCUAUUUCGUACAAUCUAGAAUAUGUUUCUUUCCCAAGAUCGGUAACGCAUGCAUUUAAACCGCAUUUCCCGGGGAUGACGAAUUGGAAAUGUGUGGAUAUUCAUUGUGAUGAUGAAACAUCGUUUGUGACCAUUCGUAAGCCUGGCUCAACGUCAGACCAUCAUUAUUUCGCGUUUGGUAAUGGACUUUUUGGUGAAUUGGGCAACAACACUUUCAAGAACUCGCAAUGUGAUCCCAUAAAAAUCAAGUCGGAUGACAAGAAAUUGACCAACUGGAGUUGCGGCUCUCAUUGUGUGUUCACUGAAACUGAACAAGAAAACGAGGUCAUUGCAUGGGGUAAUAACGACCAUGGCCAACUAGGUAUUGGAAAGAAAACUAUGAAAUGCGCUAAGCCAAUGAACAUUCCCGAAGUUCUCAAACCAGGACAAGACACGACAGAUUUGGACUCAAUUUAUAACAGUAAAUUACACUUAAAAAAGGAGCAACGUGUAGUCACCAAUGGUAAUAAAAGUUGCUUAUACUGGCGGGUUUGA